CGACGUUUUGUUGUGUAAUAACAUGAAAAAAGCAGCCGAUAGAAAGCCCAUUGCUUUGUCAGCUGUUUAUGGAUAAGCAUUGCUGAUGGAACUACAAGAAGUCUGAAAACAGAAUAAGUAUGCUGUUUACCUGAGUUGAAGAACAAAUAAUUUGUUUUGAGUAUACAAGCUUUGAAGUUAGCGACAACAUGGAGGACCCUAAAAGGGAUACUGCAUAUGAUUUAGGUAUCCAAAACACUAAAAUACCAAAUGGAAUUAAUGACAGCGACACACUGCAGGGCUUUAGCCAGAGUUCAGAGGCUGUAGGAACAAAUAAUGAUGAUGGGUCAGCAUCUAGAGAAAUAAAGAUGGAAGGUGACCAAGAAGUAUCGGAGAAACCUGGUAAAUUCCAUGUUAACAAAGCCUUGAUCCCAGCUGCUCAGAUUAAUGAUGUCCAGGAGUCCUCGGAACUUGAAGGCUUAGGACUGGAUGUCUUCAACCAGGAAGACUUUGAACAAGGUGUGAUGGCCCAGGUAGACCAGGUGUUGGCAGCAGAGGAAGAGGAAAGGAAACGGAAAAUCAUUGAGAAGCAAAUAAAAGCAGUGGAAGAUGAUAUCAAGAUGGUCAAACAGGAAAUGUUGGACAUUGAGAGAGUUUUGACAAGUCUCAGUAGUGGUCAGUCAGACUACACCAAACGCAGAAUUGACUCUGUCCGCAGACAGAAGGAGAACAAGAUAAGUCACAUGAAGACACUGCAGGCCAAACACAAGUCACUCCUUCGUAAACUACCUGGAGCAUCAACGGAGGAUGAGGAAGAGUGUGAAAAUUUCAACUUAAAUGAGGUCUUGGGUUUAACUGCUGGACCUUCAAAGGAAACUGAGCGUGAAAAAAUGAUACGUCUGGGAGAAAUGACACCUUUUGGGACAGUUGUAGCAAAACCUACCUCCUCAUCAGUUAAGACAACUUCAUCUAUUUCAUUAACACAGAACUCUUCAUUUGACCAGUUCUUCAUAGACAAAGACCACUCAAGGAUAUCUCAAAAGAAACCAGCUGCCAAGGUUCAGUCAGAAUUGAAUAAAAAACUUGAGAGAAUGAAAGCAAAUCUCUCCGAAGAUUCUAAAAAAUCUGAAAAGAAAAAGAAGCCGGAGAAAUCUACCUCAGAUGAAGAUCAGAAAAAAGGCAAAUGUAAAUCAAAACGAAAAAAUCUGUUUGAUGAAAGAGAUAAAAAACAUUACAGAGAUGAUGUUGAAGGAGCAGACUUUAGCCAUUUAAAAUCGAGCAAGGCGAAAUUCCCUGGAUUGAAUCGUAACUUCAGUGAGGAUCCAGCCAUGAGUGAUGAGGAAGGUGUAGGUCGUUCUAGCGAUGAAUAUCAGCCAAAUGAACAAGAGUUAGCCAUGCCCAGUGAUCUGAGUGACCAUGAAUUGAAGGAGCGAAUGAAGAAAAAGAAAAAAAUUCAAAAGAAAGGAUUUGGUCGACCCAAAAAGCCUCCAAAGUAUUGUGAAAGUGAUAGUGACUCAGACAAUGGAGGAACCGCAAGUAAACCACGAUUCAGUAGUGAUGUGAGAGUGGAAAAGGUCAUAGACGAUGGGUGUGAAGAGGACUAUGAUGACAGAAUGAGAGAAUUCAAUAAAGCAGAAAGAGCAAGGAUGCAAAGGGUCGAAAAUAGAGAGGAAAAUGAUGAGGAAGACCAUGAACUUGACGGAGGUCUUCGAGUGCCAGGACGAAUCUGGUCAAAGCUAUUCAAGUACCAACAGACAGGUGUGAGUUGGUUGUGGGAACUCCAUGGCCAGCAGGCUGGAGGUAUUGUGGGGGAUGAAAUGGGACUUGGCAAGACCAUAGAGAUGAUUGCCUUUCUGGCUGCACUCAGGCAUAGCAAACUAAAAGAUAAAAAUUUCAAAUUCCAUGGUCUUGGUCCAACAAUCGUUGUUUGUCCCACUACUGUGAUGUACCAGUGGGUAAAGGAGUUCCACACCUGGUGGCCAUUGUUUCGCGUGGCCAUCCUACAUUCCUCCGGCUCUUACACUUGUACAGAGGCAGAGCUUGUGCGUAGCAUUGUGAAGGAUCGUGGGGUGCUGGUCACCUCUUUUAACACACUAGUCAUCCACCAGGAGCUUCUUACCAAGUAUAACUGGCACUAUGUGGUUUUGGAUGAAGGACACAAAAUCAGAAACCCAGAUGCACAGGUCACGGUUGCUGUAAAGCAGUUUCGGACUUACCACAGAAUCAUCCUGUCUGGUUCACCGAUACAGAACAACCUGAAGGAGUUAUGGUCCCUGUUUGACUUUGUGUUUCCAGGGAAACUUGGUACCCUGCCAGAUUUCAUGGCCCACUUCUCAGUACCUAUUGUACAGGGUGGCUACUCUAAUGCUACAGAAGUUCAGGUGAUGACAGCAUACAAGUGUGCAUGUGUACUAAGAGAUACCAUCAACCCGUACCUAUUGAGGCGCAUGAAGGCUGACGUAAAAAUAGAUCUUCCACACAAGAAUGAACAGGUGCUGUUCUGUCGACUAUCAGAAGAACAGAGACAAGUGUACAUGGAGUAUCUACAGUCGCGUGAAUGUCAGGCUAUACUCUCGGGCAAGUUCCAGGUGUUUGCUGGUCUGAUUUCCCUGAGGAAGAUCUGUAACCAUCCAGACCUGUGUACAGGAGGGCCUCGUCUCUACAUUGGGGAGGAGGCAGGAGAUGACGUGGACCUUCAGUUUGGUCACAAGUCACGAUCUGGGAAGAUGAUUGUUGUGGAGUCUCUUUUGAAACUGUGGAAGAAACAGGGACACAGGGCUCUGUUCUUCACCCAGAGUAGAGCUAUGCUGGAUAUCAUGGAGAAGUUUGUACAGAAGGAAGGCUAUACUUAUCUGAGGAUGGAUGGAGGGACAGCUAUCUCGGGGAGACAAAGUCUCAUCAACAGAUUCAACAAGGAUAGCUCGGUCUAUCUAUUUCUGUUGACCACAAGAGUGGGUGGACUUGGUGUGAACCUGAUUGGUGCAAACCGUGUGAUCAUUUUUGAUCCUGACUGGAAUCCCAGUACUGACACCCAGGCAAGAGAGAGAACAUGGAGGAUAGGUCAAAAACGACAGGUGACCAUCUACCGCCUGGUGACUACUGGAACUAUAGAGGAGAAAAUCUAUCACAGACAAAUCUUCAAGCAGUUUCUAACCAAUCGGGUGCUCAAGGACCCCAAACAGAGACGAUUUUUCAAAUCCAAUGACUUAUAUGAAUUGUUUGAGCUUGGAAGUGCAGAUGGUCGAGAGCCGACAGAAACAGGGGCUCUAUUUGCUGGAACAGGGUCAGAGGUCAAGGUCAGCUCGUUAAUGUCGAAAGGCAAAAGCAAGGAUGAUCGGGUCAAAAAGGACAGCAAAACCAACAGAUUUGAUGUGAUGUUAGCGGAAAAGGAAAAAAGAGUGAAGGAACAAGAAAAACAGAAAGAAAAAGAGGAGCGAGAGAGGAGAACGUUGGAGGUGCAAAUGGAUGGUGGAGACAGUGAAGAGGAGAUGGAAGGAAUGUAUGCCCUUGCUGAGAAGUUACGACAGGAUAUUAAACAGGAGGAGGAGGGGGAGGAGGAAGGGGGAUUCGAAGCAUCUGAUUGGUCAGUAAAGAAAGGUCGUGGGAGAACGAGUAGCACAGAAGAGGUCACAGUUAAGAGUGAGCCAAGUUUUCAUAAUGAUGGUGACUCGAGAUCAAGCAGUUCAGGAUCUGGGUCUAGACCUGGUAGUGGCUCCCGACCAGGUCAUACUGAAGAAAAUACCAAACCAAAGCAUGACCAAUCUGAUCAUUCUCAUAACAAGGGUGGACAGAUCCAAUCACAGCUGUUGGAACAGAUACUCAAAAGAAAGCAGGACCUCCAGAAAAAGUUUGGUACUGAAGGGGCACCUAAAAUUCAUAGGGAAAGGCAACGUGAUAGGGUCAAAGGUCAUAAGGAGGAUGAAGCAUUGUCAGCCUCUGCUUCAUCCUUCCACAGGGAUGACAGUAACGGAGCUGCACAAAGAUUAUCAGGAAUGGAUGAGGAUCAUAGGAGGAGGCACAAGAAACACAGACACAAGGAUGAUGGUAAAGGAGCUGCACAUUCCUCAAGAGAAGGUCCCGAUGGCGAUCACAAGAAAAGACAUAAACACAGGCACAGACACGACAGGAAAGGGGAUGAGGAAAGACACCACAGCAGCAGGAAACAUAAAAAACGAAAACACCGGGAUGCAAUGUUUGAGGGUGAAAGGAUCCCAAAUUUGGUCAAACAGGAUGAGUACAAGGCAAACCAAACAAAAGACACUGAGGAGGAAGGAAAAAAGAUGGAUGAUUAUGUUCUAAAGACCUUGUUCAAGAAAACAGGAAUACAGAGUGCAAUGAAGCAUGACGUGAUCAUGGAUUCUAGCAAACAUGACUACAUGAUUGAAGAGGUGGAAGCUGACCGUGUUGCUAAGGAAGCCAUGAAAGCACUGAAAAGGUCAAGGUCACAAUGCUCUUCUGCAAUCUCUGGUGUGCCAACCUGGACUGGCCAAUCAGGUGCUAUUAAGAAGCCGAGAUUUGGACAGAAGAAAAACAGUUUGUUGGUCGAGAAAUCCUCAAAACCUGAUACAUCAAAAUCAGUACCAGUGAAGAAAAUAGAGAGCAGCAUGGCUUCGAGUACUGCAUCUUCAAGUACAGCAUCUUCAAGCUCAGCACCUUCAAGCUCAGCACCUUCAAGUACAGCACCGUCAAGUACAGCAACUUCAGAUGCCCCAUCUAAGCAUCAUUUUGAUGGUUCAUUUGCCGGAAAUGUUGUGAAGGACAUUGCGACAGACACUUCAGAAGCAUCUAUGAUGACCUCUAGUGAACUACUCAGCAGAAUGCGGCAGCGGAACGAGGGAACCCGGGAAUCGGCAGAGGAUAGAGAGGAUGAUGGGACUGCUGCAGAUCCUGAAGCAUUCAAACUGAUCACAGACAUUCGUAAUUUUAUCAUGUUUGAGUGUAACCUAAUAGGGGAGGCAACGACUGAUGAAAUUUUGGCAGAAUUCGGACCAAAACUGCCCAAAGUAGAAUCUGUGAAAUUUAAGGCAAUGCUUCAGGAAAUCUGUGACUAUGAAAAGAAGCAUGAUGUUGGAAGCUGGAAGUUAAGAAACGAGUUCAGAUAGUUUUUGUAUGAACCGAUAUGAGUGUAAGUGUCUGAAUAAAUGGCAAUAUGUUUGUGCAAUUGGAUAAAGUGGAAACCCUCACCUGGACACCAGGUCUCGACUGAAUCACAUGACAGAAGGCUAGCUAUAGGUAUAGCAUCAAUUAUGUCCCAAAUUAAUGUAACUUCAGAAGAAUUAUAAAGCAAAGCAGAUCCAAAAUAUAUAUUUGAAUCUCUAUUGUUAUUAUGUAAUACAAUACCAGAGGCUGAAGUAAUGAGGGUACACUGCUUUCUUGUAUAAAUGGGUGUCAAUGUAUAUUUAUAUCUGAAUUAUCGUGUAAAAUAUAUGAUCCGCGUGUUUUGAGAGUGUCUGUAUGUGUGCUUAUACAGAUUGUGUGUUUGAGAAAAAGGCAGCAGUGUAUUGUAGGAUUAGUCAGGUUUUCUAACCUACUGGUGUGUUCAUAAGGAAUUUUCUGUGGGGCAUUACAAACAGAAUUAAAAGAAGAGAAGUUUGAAAAUGGUAUGAACAAAUGAAUACUGGUAUAUGUGCUUAUUAGAAUAGGUUUUAAAACUUCCUGUUCAUUGACAUUUUAACUAUCAUAUCAUAUACUAAGCCAUUUUCCUACUAUUUUUCAACAACUACACAAUGCCAAAUUAGUGUCUCUUCAAAAUCCAUUGAUAGGUUGUCACCUCUGCUUUUUUCAACUUUUAUACAUUUAUUUGUAUUGUUUAUUGAUAAAUUAGAUAAAUCAUCGAAAACAAAUCAGGGAAUCACAUUAUUUAUUGUUUAGCAGAUUUGAUCUUUAUUAACUUUGUAUUGGUCUGUAGUACCCAGUAGAGUAUGUGUAUUGAUAAAUUCUAUGGCAUCAAAACAUUUUCCGUCCCUGUCAGUUUAGACUGCAUACAUGUGUAUACUUGUUAUAUAUAUAUAAAUGCAUAUCUGUGAAAACUGCUUCAAUUGUAUUCCAUCAUAAUUUGUUGAAAGAACUUGUGACCAAUUCAAGUUGAACUACUGCAAAUGAAAAAUCAACAGUUCACAAUGUUAUAUGGCAGCAUAUUUGAAUAAAUUCCAUACUUCAUAUAUAGAUUCUUAUAAUAUAUGUUCGCGGCCGGCAGGGUUGGCAAUGUUUGUGCCAUGUCCUGUGUACUCAGAUGUGCCUUGUAUGCUAUAGCUGAGUUACCACCAUUUCAGAUGUAGCAUCUAGGCAUAACAAGUUAAAUACAUUCCAAGCUACAACAGGUUUUGGUGGAUGGAAAUGGAAGAAAUAAAAAUUUUGAACAAUUCUCCAAUUUUAUAAAAACAAAACAGCCUUUUGAUAUACAUCAUUAGUACUUUUGUGUUUAUAUUGUUUUGGCUGUUUUAAUGUUAUGUACUAUAUGUACAGUAUCUGUAUUGCCAGAAAUUUGUCUGUCAGAAGUUUCUAAAUCGGGUUAAUCUUUCAUUACCGGUAUCUGAUAUAAGACUUUGUCCUUAGAAAAAUAUAAUAUUGAAAUAUUAACAUACAAGUUUUCAAAAUAAUCCAUUGGCAUAGGUAAGAUAUUUUGGUGUCUCGAAUUUAGUACAUUGUUUAAUGGGUUUAAUAAAAUUGGGUGAAAUUUUGCGAAAAGGAAUAGUUUACUAGGGCUUGAAUAAGUUACUAGAAACGUUUGGCUGUUAUAUUUUAUGCAGAAUCUGGCAUUCUAUUUGUAUGUUUUUGUUUUUAGUGCUUCCUCUUUUCUUUCAGGAUACAUGUAUGAAGAAGAAUAAUGCUGAUAAUUGAUGUAAAAAAUGAUGUUUAGUUGAAGUAAUAUUUCACAAGUUUUAUAUUAUUUAACUGUUAUUUCUUUGGCAUCAUGAAACAGAAGUAUUUUCUGUAAAAAUGUUACAGAAGAAAACAAUGAAUAAAAACAAAUGUAAAGAAA